AUAACUGCAAAAUGCAUGCAAUGCGCUAAAUAAAUACAAGUGUAGACAUGCAUUUCAAAACAGUGAAAUAAAACCCACAAUCUGCAGAUUUCUAAACCCUGCAGGUCAGCAAGUCUGGAACUGUGAAAGACAGUUAUAAAACAAAGUGAAAGUGUGUGUGCAAACACAUCCGCAUAUGCUGCAGGCUUUGGCAUGUUAAAAGGGGCUGCACACCUUUUUCAACACAUUCCACAGAUGAACAUAGAAGUGCUCGCAGGAGAACAAGAACCAAAGACAUUCACUUCUCUCAUCAGUUUCUUAGAGAACUUGGAGAGAUGGCAGAGGAAGACUUCAGGCCUCUAUCAGAGGAAACCAGUUCCUUCUGUCUGGCUACCGAGGCUCGUUCAGGGCCACAAGCCACCCAGCCCUUCCCACGCUCUCCAAAACUGGUCAGGAGAACUGGAGCCAUCUCCCCAAAACCCUCAGAGUUACCAGUCUUGUUGGAGGACUUAAAGACGGAGAAGAAAAGAACAGAGUCUCAUAUGGAAUCUAUUAAAAAGAGGCAAGCCAACCUUAAUACGAGUUCAGAGGCGAUGAAGCAGCAGGUACAGGAGUGUUAUGAAGAGCUGCAUAUGGCUCUGCAGGAGGAUGAACAGGCUGUUCUAGACAUGAUAGAGCAAGACCGCCGGGAGACCAGCAGUAAAAUAAACCGAAUUCUUCAAGACUGGAAUCAACACCUUGGUCUCCUGCAGAAACACAUCAGCACUAUGCAGUCAGCUCAACAGAGCCCUGCAGAGACCAUGAAGCAGUCGCUUCCUGAGGAUUUUACAUUGACUAGCUGUCGUAAGAAAAUGGACCCAGCUGAAGAGCAGAUCAAAAUGAAUGAGGAGAGGAUCCAGAAGCUCAAGAAAGUUCUCAGGAACAUCUCAAAAGAUCUGAAAGUCCAGCUACAACGAAAGAGCCUGCUGCUGGACUCCUCUAAUGUGGCGAUUGACAAACUGACCUGUCACAAACAGAUCAAGGUGACCUCAGAAGGACGGGGCCUGUCCCUUUCCACAGAGGAAGGCUGCGUUCCCAAUGACCCUCUAAGGUUUGAUCAGUUACUCUGUGCCAUGGGCUCCGUAGGUUUUAAAUCUGGGCAGCACUACUGGGAGGUGGACGUGCACUGCUGCCCAUCAUGGGCUGUGGGAGUGGCUUACGGGAGCCUGCAGCGGAGAGGACGAGACAAAGCUGCCAAACUUGGACGGAACAGGUGCUCGUGGAGUCUUGAGUUUCAGGAUGGGCAUCUCAUGGCCUGGCACAACGAUCGACACAUUGCGCUUCCCAUCACAGCAGCACGGGCAGCACCGAACAAGGUGGGGGUGUUUGUAAAAUAUCACAAGGGUCGUGUGGUGUUCUAUGAUGCUGAGACUAUGAGAACGCUGCAGGAGUUUUCAGCAGUGCAAACAGCUGUGUUUGACAGAGCAUAUCAUCAUUUUACUGAGCCUCUCUACCCAGCUUUCCGCUUCUUCUUACCCAUAGACAAACACACAGGCCAUCAUCAUAUGAAGAUAUGCGACCUCAGUCUUUAAUAUUGUUUGAAUACACUACAAAAAGAUCUUACCGACCCCAAACGUUAAUAAUCUUGAAAGCGGUCUCUUAUACUCAUGCUCUUAAAGCUGCAUUUAUUUGAUGCAUUUAUUCAUUUAUUUGAAUAAAUACAGUAAAAAUAGCAAUAGUAAUACU